AAAGAAAGAGGAGAAGAGGUGGGGUGGGGGAGAGGAAAAUGAGAACUUAAUUGAGAAACUCCUCCAGUAUUUGUCGAUGUUCAGUGGUCACAUUUCACUUGAAAGUGUUUCCCGCGCCUGAACCCUUAGGGUUUAAGAAUUAAGACAGACUCUGGAAGUUUGACGACUUAGGGAUCCCGUGGGAUAGUCGUCGGUUCGAAAAUCGGUUGCCAUUUCCGUCAACAUGGACGUCGAAAUGGAGAUUUCGCCGAGCUACUUCGACCCUGAAGAUCUUAGUACAAGAGAGCAGUUUCGCCGAUACGGGAAAAGGCAUCCCACUUCAAGCAUUUCGCCACACCAAGAUAGUUCAGCUUCAAAGUUUAGUGAAGCUGGGAUUUUGUAUGAUGGGCAUAAUAUUCAGAGACCACCUAACACUGCACUUUUCCUUGAAGAGAUUAAACGAGAGGUGGAAAGUUUUGAAGUUGAUGUGUUAGAAGGAACGCCGGAUAAGGCACCGUAUUCAGUCAAAAGGAGAUCAUCAGUUGAAGGCCGCGGACUGUUAGAAGUGGAUGGUGGGUUCAAUGCAAUCCCACAAGUUGGAAGUUUGUUACUAAAAUCUUGCAAGCGUGAGCAUGAAGUGUUGGCAGAUUCUGGAGAAACAACUUUUGCGUUAUUUGAAUCAUUACUUGAUUCUGCAAUUCAAGGAUUGAUGCCUAUCCCUGAUCUGAUAUUACGGUUUGAGAAUGCAUGUCGAAAUGUUUCAGAAUCAAUUAGGUGGGCUGUGAAUGUGUAUUUUGUUAGAAAAACUUGUAAUGUACUCUACUAUAUAUUGUAAUUUUCCUAGUGGAUCGUCUUUUCAUUACCAAUUUUAUGUUUCAUUGUUCUGUUUCUCUUUGUAUUUUUGCAAACAUUUGUACGAAGUUCCCUUAUGAAUGAUAUUUAUUGGAUGCUGC